AUGACGUGUGCCACUCGUCCGGGAUUCGCUCGUAUCGGAAUGGCGAGAAAAGCGACGAGCCCAGUUCGAUUGGGGUGAGUUCGGUGAAAAAUUAGAGUGCUAGAAAAACGUUUUCAGUUCGCUUCCAACUGCAGCAAACAUCCGCAGGUCUUAAUCGGCGACUUCCAAUUAGCGUUGACGAGAAAAGAAGAUGAUCAGCAUGUGUGCGGCAGCUAGAGGGAAGAUCCCGGACCGAGAUGGGUCUCCAAGGGGCAGUACUAUAUGGUCAAGGUCCUUGGAACGCGAGUUUCAAGCGAUCCGCGACGGAGUCCCCGACUUUUUGAUGAAUUCAUCUUAAGAGGAAGUCUGCUAAGAAGAUCCCGUUCGCUCUGCUCAUUGCAACGAAACGACACUCGAACAGAAUCUAUGUCCGCAAACCGAAUGGUGAAUUUGUAAACGUGCCGGCAAUGACAGCGAUCGACCACACGGUCGUCCGGAAGAACGGAAACGAAGUGAUCACAGCGCAGCCGCUCGUCCUGAACGUGCUCUUCAACGGGAAUGUGUUCCGGACGAACGACGAGACCGUCCACUUCAUGGCUGCUCUCUGCUGCCAGCUGCUCGGUCGUUUCCCUUCCGGAGCCUGUCUUCGCAACCGACGAAUACGCGAAACGAGGGGCCGAUCUGUUUGCUGCGUACAGAAUGUAGGUCAUUGAAUUCCAUAGAAUAAGUCACGACUUGUUCAUUUCAGACGAGAAACGUCGAAGAAUCGACCGGGCCACCGUGUUCAAAGCGAGGAGAAUCGCAUAAACGACUGCUUUGCCGUUUUUUCCCCUUCCGAUUCAACUUUUUCAUUCAUUUUCUUUCCUACACCUGUAUUGAUUGUCUUCUGUCACAAGAACUGUGUGAUUAUUGUCAAUCAGAUCUGUGUCUUUUAAUGAAAUUCAUUCCUCUUGUGACACUGUUUCCAUUUCAUCUACGUUAUCAGAAAAACAUGGAAAGGAUAAAAAAGACUCCCGUGAACUUAAUGCAUAAAACGGAAACGAUCGAACCGCGUUUCUUUUUCCACAAUUUCAUUGUCAUAUUUUACGACGGCAUUCCCUGUGUGAAAAGUAAUUCUUCGAAGAAAGGUAAAAACUGCUUCAGCUGCGUCUGAACGUCUUCUGAUUGUUCAGGUAGCCGAACAUCGCGCUCGUUGAUAACAUGAGGUGUUUCGAACUUCAUCAGUGGCUAUUGCUAGCAUUUCUGUUUUAUGGAUUGAACUGCUUCGUAAAUGCGAAUGAGAACUUGCCACGUGUCAAGAGAAUCGAUCCCGGUGACAACGUUCCAGGUACUUCGUGGAAAAGAACCAAUGAGCAGUCUAACUUGUUCAGAUCCCGCUUCCGCUUUCAACGGCGCCCUAAUGACAAAUGCAGCUGGAAACACGGGAAAAGGAAGCGGAAAACAGCCGACGAGCAACGGAAACCCUGCAGGGACCAGUACUCCCCAAGUGAACACUGGAAACGGAAGCAGAGUUCAGUCCAUGGGAAAUAGAGGCAGAACUGCACCUCCGAGCAGACAAGGGUACGCUGGAACUAGGAGCGUAGCACCGGCGACAAGCAGCGGAAAGAGCACUGUUUCCCCGAGUGGCCAAGGCAACACCGGUACCACUGGAAACGAAAGCGUAUCUCAGUCCACGGUCAAAGCAGGCAGUACUGCUCUCCCGAGUGGCCAGCUGAACGGAGGCAAUCAGAAUAGUGCUCAGCAGAACGGAACCAACGCCGGCAGUAGCAGGAAUGUGAGCACAGGAACCGUCAUUCUCAUCCAACCGGUCGGUACUUCUCCAGUUCCGAGAACUCGGAACUACUACACUCCUGUCCCUUCCAAUCGUCCUUCCACAGCGCAUACUUCAACUGGCAAUGCGGGUGAGAAUAUUUGAUUUCCUUUUCCGGUUUCAAUGAUUAUUCACAGCUACACCAGACUCGCUCGUCUUUACGAGAGUGGCAACUCCAGCUUCUGCGGUGAAUGCGACUCCGGGCAUCAGCACAUCACGCGGUACGGCCUACUUUCCUCAUAAUUUUUUACAAAGUGUUCAUUUCAGAUCGCAGGACGACAGUUAACUACAAAUCCACAGCGAAUCCUACCUCUGCUCCUUCCGCAGGUUUGUCAUGGUCGUCUUCCUCUUUGCAAAAUGUUAUUUCAGUGUCAACAUCUGGUCCAUCGUUAGUGCCAACUUCUUCAGUUUCCACACCGUCGGCUUUUGUACCCAAUACCGUUUCAACUGUCACAGCUUCUCUUGAUCCGGAGAUCAGGACGAUUCCAGUCAUCAUUUGGAGCGCCAGUCCACGCGGGAAUUCGGCCAACAGUUCUGUUCUGCCAACUGUCAUUCCUCCCGCUCUAACGUUCCCCACAGUUGUCACUAGCACCACCGCGGCUCCCACAUCUGGACCAGCGAGUACUGCAAAAGGAGUGACUUCAGUUGAUCCAACAACUGGAAACCCAAAAUCCGUGGCCACUCCGAUUGCGACGACUCCCGUUACCACGACUGAUGUUCAGCCAACUUCGAUGAACAGAACAACCCAACAACGGACUACUGUCGGUCCAGUUGUAGUGGUGGCAGCUAGUUCGAAGAGUUCCACAACACACAAAGCCAAAUCAACAACAUCAGAGACUAAACCAACGGACAGUCCGUCGACUCCCAUGAAAACUUCACCGAUUGUUCAGCCAACUACGAAACCUUCCACUACAAUGAAAGUCGUUCCCUCGGUGAACACUACAAUCGCUUUUUCUCCGCCAAAAGUCACGAUAACCGCCUCCCAAACUGUCUUCUUGACCUCGACGACACCAGGCGUUCAGUCAACUUCUAUGAACCCAACAACCCAACAACGGACUACUGUCGGUCCAGUUGUAGUGGUGGCAGCUAGUUCGACGAGUUCCACAACACACAAAGCCAAAUCAACAACAUCAGAGACUAAACGAACGGACAGUCCGUCGACUCCCAUGAAAACUUCACCGAUUGUUCAGCCAACUACGAAACCUUCCACUACAAUGAACGUCGUUCCCUCGGUGAAUACUACUUCUCUGCCAAAUGUCACGAUAACCGCCUCCCAAACUGUCUCCUUGACCUCGACGACACCAGGCGUUCAGUCAACUUCUAUGAACCCAACAACCCAACAACGGAAUACUGUCGGUCCAGUUGUAGUAGUGGCAGCUAGUUCGACGAGUUCCACAUCACACAAAGCCAAAUCAACAACAUCAGAGACUAAACGAACGGACAGUCCGUCGACUCCCAUGAAAACUUCACCGAUUGUUCAGCCAACUACGAAACCUUCCACUACAAUGAACGUCGUUCCCUCGGUGAAUACUACUUCUCUGCCAAAUGUCACGAUAACCGCCUUCCAAACUGUCUCCAUGACCUCGACGACACCAGGCGCUCAGAAACCGCCUGGAGUUCCCGUGGCCAACAGAACUUCUGCUCCUGCGAGUACUCCUACGGAUGCUCCUACAACUGUGAAGCAGACGAGCGAGCCAACGACAGAAGAUGCGACGACUAAGCAACCCACGACCACUCUUGUGAUCACAACUCCUGAUGUCGCAACUCCAACAAAUACAACUCUUGCGAGUACAACUCCAGACAUCACAGCUCCUCACGUCACAACUCCUUCAAACACAACUCCUGGCAUCGUAAGUCCAGCAAUCACAACUGCGAGCACUACCAUUGAGGCCACAACUCCUCAGACUACUAGUGUUGUGAUCGCAACUUCUGAUGUCACAACUUCUGACGGCACAAAUACAGCUAUCAUAGUUUCUGAUGCUACCACUGUUGCUAGCAGUACCCUUGAGACCACAGCUCCUGCGGUGCUCGUCACCUCGAUUGCUCAAGAGACAACGACCGAGGGUUCGACUUCAACUAUCACUGACUCUUCCAUGACCGAGGAUUCGACUUCAGCUGUCGCCAAUUCCAUCUCUACCGAUGCUUCUCACCUAGUUCCACUUCCUUCCGCUGUUCCCUCAGCUCCCCCAGCUGUCCAACCAACCGCUUCUCCUGAUGAUGAAGACGACGACGGUGAUGAUACGGAUGGUGCGAAGGAAAAACACAAGACGACGCCUUCUUCUCUGCCAAGAGCUCAAGCACUGAUACAGGAGAAGAGGAAGAAAGAUGAGGAGAACAAGUGAGGCAGUCCAUUUCGAGCGUGAUUACUCUAUUCUUUAUUUCAGGAACAAACUGUUCGCGUUCGAACUCGGCACGUGCGCCCUUCUCGUCGUUUCGAGCGUCGCCGCCUACGUCGCUUCGUUCCUCGCCUACGAUUACGCGAAGCGGAUCAGAAAGCUGCUAAAGAAGAAGCCGAAGAAGCUGAAAAAGUGA